AUGGUCACAUUUAUUUAUUUAUUUUGUUCAGAAAAUCCGAAACUUUAUGUUGAAACAAUUUUUAAUAUUCAUACAAAAUUCUUCAAAAUUGCAAAAGAACAUUAUACUAGUGAAAACAAUUUUACUGCUGCUCUUGAUCAAGCUUGUCAUAAAUUUAUUAAUAAUAAUGCUGUAACAAAAGCUGCUGGUAAGACAGCAAAGUCACCUGAAUUAUUAGCUCGAUAUUGUGAUGGACUUUUACGAAAAGGGUUUGCAAAAUUCAAACAUUUAUUAUUAAAAUAUAAUCAAUUUUAA